ACCUGCAGCUCUCAUUCGUUUUUCUCUCCGUGUGGAGCUCAGGCAGAUGGAGAAUCGUCAACAGAAACAAAGAGUUUAGAUGAAGAGAGAAAAGUUUGGAUAGAAAACAGAAGUCGGCCAACAGAGACCAACUUUGAGAGAGCGGGGAGAUAAAAGACAAAGGGGGAGUCAAAGUUUAGAUUUAUUCAGUCCUCAGACAGGAUGGCUUUGGUUCUGCUCCUCGCCUCCCUGCUGGCUCUGCUCUGUGGAGCGUCCUCUGUGUUGGCUCAGGACCUCAUUGAGACCGAUGCCCUGUGCACUGAGGACGGCUGUUUGGUGGUCUACUUCCAAAGAAAGACCUUCCUGGACUCAUGGAGAGCUUGCAAAAAGAAAGGAGGGACGCUGGCAACCAUCAAACACCGGAGGGAUGCAGCCAUCAUCGCCUCGCUUUUCUCCACCCUGGACCUUCGUCACUCUCGCAGUAAGGUUCAGGUCUGGAUCGGCCUGCAGCGUCAGCCUCGACAGUGCACUGCCAGCCGCCCACUCAGGGGCUUCUCCUGGACUACAGGAGACCAGGACACAGAGUACACAAACUGGCUGAAAGAGGACUCACCCAAUGCCUGCUCUGUGCCCCGCUGUGUGGUGAUGGGCUACAACAGUCAGGAUAACAAUGAGAACUUCAAGUGGCUAGAUGGAGCUUGCUCAGUGUCUGUGGACGGGUAUCUCUGUCACUACGCCUUUGAAGGAAUGUGUGCAGCGUUGUGGAGUGAGGGGGCAGGUAACGCUCUCUACAGCACACCUUUUAACCUUCUCAGCACCCUGCUCACCCAUAUCCCCUUUGGAUCUGUGGCCACCGUGCCCUGCCCUGAAGGCAGCGAGGAUGAGCAGUCUGUUCUGUGUACACAGAAAGACGACGGCUCAGUGGGGUGGUCUAGAGACCCCCCUCUGUGCUCCAACUCUCCUGUAACUCAGAAAAGGUGCGAGCAGGAUAACGGUGGAUGUGAACAUUACUGUAAUCCGACUGGAGGUCACUUUUACUGCGAGUGUGCCAAUGGAUAUCAGCUGAGAGACGACAGACAGACCUGCGAGCUGACUGUCAUCUGUCAGGGUGCCCCCUGUAAGCCAGAGUGCCUCCCCCUGACUGAUGGGUACGGCUGUGCCUGUCCUGAGGGGUUCAUGCUGACUCCAGAUGAACAAAGCUGUGUGGAUGUGGACGAGUGUCUGCAGAGUCCGUGUGAGCAGCUCUGUGUGAACGCUCAGGGGUCGUUUGUGUGUCGAUGUUGGGAUGGGUACGCCCUGGAGGACACAGGGAUCUGUGAGGACGUAGACGAGUGUUUGAAUGAACCAUGUGAACACGCCUGUGAGAACACAGUUGGCUCUCAUGUCUGUCACUGCCAUCUGGGUUACUCCCCAUUGCUGGAAGACCGCAGUAGGUGUCAGGACGAUGAUGAGUGCCUGAUCCCUGGGACCUGUGAGCAGAUGUGUGUGAACAAUGUGGGGGGAUUUGAGUGUUAUUGCGUGGAAGGAUACGAGCUCAGGGCAGAUCACUCCUCCUGUCGUAAGAGAGGGGAGGAGGAUGAACAGUCUGCUGUCACACCUCCUUUCCCUUGGGGAACCCACCAGCCAGUGUGGGAACCUGAGUACGACUGGAACCCCCAGCAAAGCCACACGGACUGGCCUCCAGAGGAGGAGCCGUCUCUGGACUGGCUUACUGACCCGCCCAGGGUUCAGGACUCUGAUGUGAUUUGGGUCACUAGCUCCCCUUUUGAUUUAGCACCUGACCCUCCAGCAGAGGAGGAGAAGGACACUGGAGCAACGUACCUGUUGGAAAUUGGGCAGAGAUCUGAGCAGGAGGUGUUACCAACAACUAACCACCCCACUCCUCCACCCACCACGGAAUCCAUCUCCACCCACGACUGGUACGAGGAGGAUGAAGAGGAUGAAGAGAGAACGACCACAGCCCCCCCCCUCCUCUCCACCUCUACCAUCUCAGGGGGGGCCUGGAAUUGGUGGGCAGUAAUAAUCACAUCCAGCCAGGAACCAGGAAAUCUAGAUGAUCCAGUCAGAGACCUCGACAUGCAAACAGAUUCAAGCAACCACGGUGUAGAGGACCAUUACGCCCUCAGGGAAAACACAGAGCUCCCAGAGGAGGAACUGGGGAAGGAAGCAGAGGAGAUCACACGCUCCCAAGACCCUGCUGUUCCCACCCAGCUCACCCCCUCCCAACCUCCCGCGAGUGAGAGCGGGGGGAGCAGGACCAUGGUGGAUGCGGAGGAGGCGGGGCUGGGGCAGAAGCAGAGCAGCACCUGGCUCCUGGUGGGCCUCCUGGUGCCUCUGUGCCUCUUCAUCGGGGUGAUGGUGGUGCUGGGCAUUGUGUACUGCACCCGCUGUGACGUCCAACCACAAAACAAGAAUGCCACAGACUGCUACCACUGGAUCUCUGGGGCUCAUGACAAACAGGGAGCUGCUUCCCCCUCAGCUGGGGUCAAGACCCAGGUUUAGACCCAGAGAGGGUCUGAGGGUUAAAUAAACACUCUGAUUCAGAGCAGGCGUGAUUUAUGAUCUGGUAGGUGGACAAACUACAUGUUUCUGUGGGUCUGGAGCGGCCCAAUGUCUGAACACUUCUGACUUCUAAAGAUCAAGUAGGACGUUUGGGAGGGACCCUGUUGGAACCAGGUUUCUAAGUGGCCAAAACGCUGAUGUUACAAACUCUGAGCACACAUCUGAGCUGAGUCUUUAUUAGUUAGGUCAAAGAUUAGCUGAAACCAGUUUAGUGUGCAAUAAACUAGUCUCCAUGACUUUUGUUCGCAGCAGAACUCGGGUGCUAUCCCGACCAUCACUGUAUAUAUCUGUUACUGUGUAGAAGACUUGUUAGCCCCCAUUAGCCGGGUGUUAAAGUCACCACAUUAUUUAAAUCUCACUGUGUCACAGUCUAAGGUUUAAGUUUUCUAUGUUAGGGGGGUGGGGUCAGAACUGUCAGUCGUAAAAAAACACUAAGAGACCAAAAAAGUUCAGAUUCAAAAAUGAAAAAGUUAAAUUUCAAGUGAAGUUAGAGUUAUUGAAAGUCGUCGAAUGAAAGCAGAAUAUUUAAAUCUGAGAUACCUGCUGGUUACCAUGGCAACGACAACAGUCCUAGUCACCUGAUGUCGGGUCAUUUAUUAUUUUGUUCAACGUUAACUCCUGCACACCGUCUACAUCAGAAAUGUUGUUGACCUCUGUUAAAGGCUCGCGGUGUGGAGGUCAUGGAGGUGUGGUUAAUAUCUCUGGCUGUGGGGGAGGGGCCUUGAUGUGAGAACUGGUCAUGGGCCCAGAUAAAUCCUGGAGAUGGUUUCUGUUUUUAUCGUUUGUUUCAUUCAUGUCACAGCUGUAAUAUUUCAGGCAUGUUUCUUCAUGGAGAUCAUAUGGGAACACUUUCCUGCCUUUUAGGAGCUCUUCUUCUCCUUUAUGAUCUGAGUUCAAAGGUCAUGUCUCAGAGCUGCUGCUGCAUGUUAGCCGUGACCUUGUUCAUGAUAUGCCCAUCAGUCAUCCCUCAUAACCCUGAUUUAACCGCAGAAGGGUCACGAGCUGAUGAGGUCCAGCUGUGAGAGACUCUGAGAUUUACACUUUAUACUUUUUAUACACAGGAAGCAGGGAUACGCUGAAUCUUUCAAAAUGCACUAACAGGUAAAAGUCCUCCUCGUGAAUACUGUUCGUGUUUGUUGUAAUGACGGGCUGUGAAUUCUUUUGUUUCCUGUAAGAAAUGUGGAAUUAAAAACUCUGAUGAAGAAACACA